AUGUCCAAACCUUGGAUCCUCCUCACCCCCUCAACCCGCGGCAUCUCCCACUCCCUCCUCCACCACCUCCUCCGCACCACCCCCUCCACAAUCCCCAUCCUAACCACCACCCGCUCCCCCAGCCUCCCCCCCUCCUAUCCCGAGUCAGACCGCCUCCACGUCGUAAACCUAGACGUAAAAGAUGAAUCAGCCAUCCAAUCCGCCGCCGAAAAAGCCAGGGAGCUGUUCCCGCCCACAACCCACCACCUCCACCUGGCCCUCACCCUCCCCGGCAUCCUCCUUACCCCCCCGGAGAAAUCCAUCUCCCAAAUCACCGAGCCCAGCCUCCUCGAAACGCUGAGGGUAAACACCCUCGGCCCAGUCCUCUUAAUGAAGCACUUCGUUCCUUUUCUCCCAAAGAGAUCCGCCCCUCUCGAGCCCACAGAAGGUCUACCCCCCCACGCAACUUGGUUGUCUGUCUCGGCGCGAGUAGGCAGCAUGACCGACAACCGCCUCGGAGGCUGGUACUCCUACCGUCUUUCCAAAUCAGCCCUCAACUCGGCCGUCAAAACCCUCGACCUCGAGCUCCAGCAAAAGUCAGCCUCCAAAUGCAUAGCGGUAGGCUACCACCCGGGCACCGUCAAGACCGACCUCUCCCGCGGAUUUUGGUCCGGCGUCCCUGAAGCAAACCUCUUCUCCCCAGACGACGCAGCCGAAAAGCUCUGGAACGUGAUCACCUCCUUAAACCCAUCACAGCGAGGCAAAAUCUGGGACUGGAAAGGAGAGGAGGUGCCCCCUUGA